UUACUUUGUGUUUAAUUUUAAAAUAAAUUUAAAUUUAAUUUUAAAAUCAUUUCUUUAGAAUCAUCAUCUUCAUGGAUACGGUAUUGCCAAGCGUUUCUCCGAUUUGGCCCAGAAGGAGUCCAAGAAUUGAGAACAAUGCUCCCAAUGAAACCGAAUCGGUGGGUCCCAGCAUUCCGGCGAAGAAUAAAAGAUUUUUCCUGGCUGUGAUUUUGAGCAAUAUUAGCACCUUUUGUUUUGGAGUUUCGGUGGGUUGGACGGCUACGGCCGAGCAUGCAGUACUGAAUGGGAAAGGCUAUGACUUUACACCCACAGAGGCGGAAUGGACUUGGGUGUGCGCCAUUUUGACUCUGGGAGCUGCCAGUUGGUGCCUGCCCAUGGGCAUCCUGAUGAACUACUACGGUUCAAGGUUUGUUAUACUCUCUCAAUUGUUACCCUAUAGUAUUGGCUGGAGCCUGAUUGUGUGUGCCCGGGAUGAGAUUUGGCUCUAUGCGGGUCGCUUUUGCCUGGGCAUGUGUGGCGGUGGACUGUGCGUGGCUGUGCCCGUGUACAGUGUGGAAAUCGCCCAGUUGCAUCAACGUGGAGCAGCGGGAUGCGUUUUCGCGGGCGCUGUCAGUUUCGGGGUGAUUUACAGUUUCAUUCAGGGCGAGUUUAUUAAGCUGAAAAUCACGAAUAUUCUUAAUUUUUGCUUAAUGUGGCUGUGCCUCUUGGUGAUAUUUGUGCCCGAAUCGCCGGUGUUUCUUGCGCGACGUGGCAGAAUGGAGAAAGCUGAGGCGGUGCUUCAUUGGCUGAGAGGGAAAGACUACGACGUCAGACAAGAGAUGCGUAUGUUGGCCGUGGAUACUUCGCGCAGUACUACCAAUAUUCGCGGACACUUUUGGGCAAGAUUCAAACGUAAGCAGACCAGGCGAAGCAUGUGUCGAGCAUCCGCUCUAUUGAUCCUGCAGAAGCUUUCCGGCGGCAUUAUUUUCACACUCUUUGUGCCUCAUAUUCUGCAGCAUUUGAAUAUUGCAAGGUUGUGGAUUAUGAUGACAUUUGCAUUACAGAUUAUAGGCUUCCUAGUGUGCGUCUUUGUCGUGGAUCGCAUUGGACGGCGAACCUUGUUUUUAGUGGCCUCAAUUGCUCUGUUUUUCAGUGCCUUGUUUUUGGGCUUCAUUUUCGAAAUGAAAAGCUACACUGGACUUCUAUCGGCUGGGAGUCUGGUCAGUCUAUGUAUUUUCAUGGGAGCUUAUGCCGCUGGCCUCGGGCCAUUGGCCUGGCUGAUCAAUGUGGAAAUUGUUGUGCCUAGAAUGAGGCCAUUUGUCUGCUCGGUUUCGGCCACUCUGAACUGGCUAACAGCCUUCGUACUAAUCAGAUGGUAUUCCGCCAGCUACCAGAACUUCGGCCCACCAAGGAUAUUCUUCCUCUUCUCCAUCAUGUCACUAGUCUCUUGCAUCUUUGCGAUGCUCUUUUUGCCAGAGACCAAGGGUCUGACAACCCAACAGAUAAUGAAGAAAUUGAAAGGCCUCAUGAACAGUGAAGAAAUCGCAACAAUUCGAUCGAGCACAGAUGCCUCGAGUUCAUGAACUCCAAUAAUCUAAUAAGUGAAAUAAACGAGAGGUGAACUUCAUAUUUACAAGUUGACUAACAAAUUAAAAGUAUUGAAAUGCUUUCAAGAAA